AUGCACCCUAGCUCAGCUGUAGAGGCCACAAAGGAAACGAAAGUGAAAAAGGCCAAACAAGAGAAGACCAAUGCCGAGAGCACGCUGGUGACGAAGCAGAAGGAGAAGAAGGAGAAGGUGGCAAAGGCGAAGGAGACCAAGCCCAAGAAGGCGAAAAAGGAGACGAACGCCGCUGUCAGCGCGAUUGAACAGGCCGCCACGGGAGAAGAGGUGGCUCGAUUCUUGCACGGUGUUGAACGCGAGGGACACGUCUCUGCUGCGCUCGCUCAUGCGGGAAUGCCCCAAGAAGACCAGAUGCAACUCAAGGGCUUCGUGGACGCGCUGGAGAAGAUCGGCAAGACUCGGCCGGCGGACAAGCCGUGGGGCGUCUUCAAGAUCCAAGAUGAUGGCCAGGUAGAGCCGCUAGGUCUAUUCCGCACGGAGCAGGAAGCAAACGUGGCGUUUGGUGACGACCAAGAACCAGCAACGAAGCCAAAGAAGGAGAAGAAGGAGAAGAGCGCUGAUGGUGAGAACCAGAAGUCGAGGAAGGAGAAGCGAGACGAAAAGAAGGCCAAGGAAAAGGUCAAGAAGGAGGAGAAGGCCAAGAAGGCCGAGGACAAGAAGCUGGCCAAGGUGGCGGCAAAGGAGACCAAGGCGGACAAACCCAAGUCAACCAAGAAGGGUUCCAAGAAGGCCGAGACCGCAAGCGGAAAGGAAGAAGAGCUGAAGUAA